AUGAUCUCCACAGCUAAGACUCCGCACUUGCACAAGGUGGGCAAUACGUGGGAGCUUUUGGUGGAUGGCAAGCCUUAUCUCAUCCUUGGAGCCGAGCUCCACAACUCGUCAAUGAGUUCGGCUCAUUACAUGGACACCGUUUGGCAGAAUCUGACCGACAUGGGCAUCAAUACCGUGCUAGGUUCAGUCACUUGGGAAGACAUUGAACCCGAGGAAGGGCGUUUAGCUUUCACGAGCUGGAUGCGGUUAUCGCAGGGGCAGUGA